UUAUUUCACUUAUCAAUCAACUUCGCGAUGUACAAUCCGUUAAUUAAAAUUCUGCUGAGAUCGUAAAAAUAAUUUACACGACGAUAUUUAGUAUUCAACCGUUCAUAAAUUCUGUUAAAUUAAUGAUCCAUUAUUCAGUAGUAUCGCUUUUCUCAAGAAAUAGAUGUGAAGUUGUACGAAAAAUCAAUUGUUCUAUUAACCAUCUUAUCCCAAGAAAAAAGUGUUAAGUAACGUUCAGAGAUGAAAAUAACUUAUUCGGUAAUUAACUGACAUUGUCACACAAGCUCGGACAGGAUUAUGAUAACCGGAGAGAACGCUGAUGUAUUUAAAUCGAACUUUUGAUUGAUAAACUGACUUUGGAACCUCGAGUUCAUGCAUUGUGAUAACCGUGCUCGUGACGUGAAAUUUAUAGUUGAAAAUUAUUCAUAAAAUGGUAUUUUAUUAUCGGCUUAAUUUUUCAGCGAAGCAAUAAAAUGGAGGAAAAUACCAGUUUUUCAAAGAGACCGUACGGUUUUUUUCCUACGAAAUCUCAAGCUUUCUUAGUGAUAGGAACCAUUGUCACAGUAAUCCCUGUAGCGUUAUUUUUAUGGUUAGGAAAUGUCGCAGUAUCUUUCUUCAGCGCCGACGACACAGAUAGUCAAGAAGAAAUAAUUUCUCCUUCAAGAUGGUUGACUGCCACAUUAAUUCCGUCUACGUUUGCCAUUUGGGGUUAUCGCAGAAAAAGUGUGAAUUUCAGUGGUGCUCUACUCGGAUGGAUUUUCUCAUUUAUCCUCUCAUUAAGCAGUUAUCCAUUCUUAGCGUGUCUUAUAGCAUUUUUCUUAUCUGGAUCUCAAGCUACGAAAUUCCGUGCCGAUAAAAAAAGAAAAUUUGAAGAAAAUUUCAAACCCGGUGGACAUCGCAAUUGGGUCCAAGUGUUAUGUAAUGGCGGAGCACCGACGUUCAUGGCUGUGUUGUACAUUAUAGAUUGCGGUGUUGGAGAAACGCCAAUUGAUUUCGAUAAUUCUUAUCAUGCGUCCAUGAUUUCGAUGGCUGUUCUAGGUUCAUUUGCUGCAGCUUGCGGUGAUACGUGGUCAUCAGAACUCGGAUCGGUUAUACAGUCAGCCCAACCUGUUUUAAUAACAAACCUGAAACCUGUUCCUCGAGGAACGAAUGGAGGAGUAACUGGCCCUGGUUUAUGGUUUAGUUUCAUAGGAGGUCUAUUAGUAGGAUUUGCUCAUUACAUUACGCUGGUCAAUACCGUUGAUCCGACAUUACUGGAACGUGCUCCUGCUCAGUGGCCUGUUGUAUUUGUGGGAGGGAUUGCUGGGUUUUUGGGAAGUGUUUUAGAUUCUUAUCUUGGUGCAAUUUUCCAGUAUUCAGGUGUGCAUAAAUCCGGUGUUAUAGUAGAGCAUUCGGGAGAUGGAAUCACCCACAUCAGUGGCAAAGAAAUGUUGGAUAACCAUAGCGUUAAUCUAAUUUGUACUAUAGCUAUGGGAUUAAUUACUCCAAAAAUAGCAAAUUGUAUGUGGACCGGAUGAAUUUUUGUAUUUCAGUACGAAAAAAAAAAUUGGUUUAUGCUUUUGCAAUACAUUUCAAAAUAGAAAACAGCUGAUUAGAAUUCGUUACGAAGUUGGAAUCUGUGUUUUUAUUGUGCUGUUGUGUUCAAUUCGUGAGAUUACAGCUGGUAGCUUUUUUAGUUUUAAAGAUUUUUAUAAAAUUACCACUGCGUUGGAACUCGGCCAAAACAUGCAUUUUUUGAACAAUAUCUUUUGAAGAAGCUAUACUACACUAGCUAUACCUGAACUCAGUGCUUGAUACGUAUCUAAUAAAGAAAAUGAUAACGUAUUACCCAUUUUGUUAUUUUUUGUUUUAUAUAUUUUUUAUUGUAGUUUAUCUUGUGUAAUUGUACCUACAUAUUUCGUAAAAGUUGUUUGAAUCAGUUUAUGUGAUUUCUUGGAAUCGUCUUUGUUUUCAUUUUUAAUUAUUUGAAUACUGAAUUACUUACCAGUGUUAAGUGUACCUAUCAAUGUAGUCAUAAUGUUUUAUAUGAUGCUAAAUAGGGCUAUCUUAAGAAUAAAUGAGAUAAGUAUAUUUAAACCAUGUUGGAAUAAGGUUGCCAUUCAAGAUUUUUAUAUUUAUGUUACCAUUAAUGUCGAUUUUUCAGUCAACGUCGACUAUAGUUAGAGUCGACUCCAUCUGAGAUUGCAACUGAUUUCUCAAUGCUCCCAUAGCAGUUAAAGUCGACUUCAACUAGUAAGUUCAUGUUGAAUUAAUCAACAUUAACGGGCCUAUCAUGGCCUAUUUCAGACAUCAGUUAAAGUACAAACAAGGUAACGUCGACUUUAACUGAAAAUCGACAUUAAUAUUAACAUAUACAUUUUCCUUUAAUAAGAUAUUCCAAUUUCCAUUUUAAUAAAGUUUUGUAAAAAAAUCAAA